GUGCCUGAUUUUACCCCCCAUAAGACUUCCUUAGAAGUCAAGGGGAGUUCUGUGUUACUACAAAAAAAGAGGUUUAACUUCAAGCUUUUGCAUGCUCUAUUUAAUUUAAGGCCUGUAAAUCUUUUCAAAUUAGUAAGCUAAGCAAAUGCAUGUGUUCAUUCCAAUUCUAGUGAAUGCAGUCAGCCGCAGGCUAUUUUAGCAUUGCUAAUACCUACUGAUAUGUGUGUCUGUGUUUGCAUCUGGGCCUGUAUAUCUGUGUGUAUAUCAGGAACUAAAUAAACCCACAGCACCAGUAAGUUCAUAGGAAAAGCAGUAGUCAAGAUGAAGUUUAAAUCACAAUUUAUACUUUCUUUUAGUCUUAGCACUUAAGCUUGCUAAAUAUAAUAUAAUAUAUAUAAUCUUGUAGAAACAAAAAGGUGAAACUAACUGCUGUAGUGAUGUAUGUUUCCAGCAUUUCUAUCAGGAUUUGGACCCAUCUUUGUAUCAGUGAAGAGCUUCAGUCUGCUACAGUGAUGAGAUUGCUAAAUGAAACAAACUUCAGGUACAAUAACAUUGUGUUAGGCUUUGUAAGAAAUUUAAUAUGGUGCCAGCAAAGAGGUUUAAUUCCUCUUGAACUUGUGGACUUAGUCUUGUUGACUUACAAGCUGCUUACAUGUUUAAUAAGCAAGUGCUGAAGUUGAUUCAUGCGUUAAAGUAGCAGUCAUGCUAAGGGCUUCAUGUUGGAGGUAAGCUGAGACCGGAGAGCACAGUCAGCAGUCUCUUGUCUCUCUUUUUCUUUUUUCCCCUGCCCUUUUUCAUAUGGGACUGGAUUGAAGGAUAAAUGGACCUUAAAGAAUAAUGCUUUGAACAGCAGCCUUCCAGCCAGAGCCUGCACCAGGAACAUGUGCUUCUGAGAAGGCUGGCAUUGCCAAGCACUGAAUUGCAAGGAAAAAUGUUGUUGUGUUCUAAGCCAGUAAAAUAUGGCUCUAAUUAAAGGCAGAAAUUGUAAUGUCCAUGAAUAGCUGUGACUAUUGCAGGGCAAUAUUUGCCUUCCUGCAGGUGACUGCUAUGAAUUCUUCUAUACUUACAGCUCUGCAUAUUUUAGCAGAUGCUUACAGAGCAGUUUGUGUAUUUUCCAGAUCAACUGGUAUUACCUUAAAGAUAAUGGAGCAUCAGAAAUCUCUUAUACAAUCUAGAUUUUCCUAAAGAAAUCUGUUGCAAAGGUGUGGCUUUCAUUGUUAGAGGAUGCUUUUAAGGACUUUUAAAUUUAAUUAUUUUUUUAGUGUCCAUAUGUAUGUGUGUGGAAACACCCAGUUUUCUUCUGAUUUUGGAUUUCAAAUGUGUUUCAUAGAACCCAGAAGGUUGUCUCUUCUCUGUCAAUAUUUGUGACUGGUUAAUUAUCAACCCCUUGACCUCCUGGCUGAUCCUGGUGUACAUCCAAAUCUCUGUCCUGUCUUUCCCUAAAAAAAAAUAAAGCAAAACAGUGAUCAUCAGGAAGUCAAGAGUAUUCUGAAUGCACACUAAAAUGGAAAGCAGUUCCUCGCUUGUGAUGUUUCUCCUACUGAUGUGUUCCAUCAACAGCAGCUGUACAUAUGCAUAUUCAGUGUUCAUGAGGAAGGAUGAAGCACACGAGGUGCUCAAAGUCCAUAAACGCGCCAAUUAUUUUCUAGAAGAGAUUUGUCCAGGGAACUUGGAGAGAGAGUGCAACGAGGAGAAGUGUUCCUUUGAGGAGGCCAGGGAGAUCUUCCACUCGCAGGAGAAAACAAUGGAGUUCUGGUUCAGUUACAAAGGUUUAAAUCCAUGUAAUACAAAUCCCUGUAACAAUGGUGGAGUCUGCAAAAUAAGACACUACAAUUACUACUGCAUCUGCCCCCCAAGAUUUGGAGGAGACAACUGUGAAAAAGAGAAGUUUGAGUGCUGGUACAAGAACGGCGGGUGCUGGCAGUACUGCAGGGACAGCAGCAGCGCCUUUCACGUGGUGUGUUCCUGUGCAAAGGAUUACACCCUGCACGAGGAUGGGAAGAGAUGCGUGCAAGCAGCACCAUUUCCGUGCGGCCUGAUUAAAGCCAGGAGUGCUCUGGAGGAAGAGUGGCUGCGGCUGGAAAGGCUCCCGAGGGGACUACAUGAGCACAGGGAUGAUGAAGCCAAGAGGAACGAGCGCACAGAGGGCACAGUUAUGCAAAUGGAGCUGAAACAAAGUGCUGCUGGGGAAAAUGAGACCUUAAAGGAUGGCUUUGGGCAGAGCAUGCACACACAGAGUGACACAGGACAAGCGGAGGUGGCAGGGAACAAAACCCUGGUGGACUCUGUGACACAGAAGCCACUGGGGGCUGGUUUCUCUGCACACAGUGAGGCAGUGGCAGGCACCGCCAGGCCUGGUGAGCCCGAGGGAAGCCUGGCUCUGUGGCAUGAGGCCACCCAGAGCCCUGUGUGGCAGGAGGAGACCACAGAGCCUGCUGACAGGCAGGAAUCGAUGGAAAAUGCCAUCCAAACAGCGCGGGCUGGGCUUCAUCAGAGCAGUGACUGGGGACGUGUUUCAGACACACCUCAGUUUGUCCAGAUGAACGUCAGCUCUAAUUUACAGCACAACGGCUCCAGGAUAACGGGAGGAACUUUGUGUCAUCGUGGGCACUGCCCCUGGCAGGUUUUAAUCCGGAAUAGCAAAGACAUUGGUUUCUGUGGAGGGAGUUUAAUCAGCAGCCGCUGGGUGGUCACUGCUGCUCACUGCCUUGAUCUCGUCAGGCCACACCACGUCACCAUAGGAGACUUUGACAAGUAUCAAAGAGAGUUUAAAGAACAGAAGAUUCAUGUGGAGCGGAGCUGGACACAUCCACAUUAUGAUUCCAAUAACUACAACAGCGACAUCGCCUUGUUGUACCUGAGUAGCGCCGUUAUUUUCAAUGAGUAUGCAAUUCCCAUCUGCCUUCCGAGCCCCAGCCUUGCCACCCUGCUGUCCGAAGAAGGAAGAAUAGGGAUGGUAAGCGGCUGGGGCGCCACUCACAACAGAGGUUCAACUCUGCGCUUCCUCAUGAAGGUCCGGCUGCCCAUUGUAAACAUGGAGACGUGCCAGAGGUCAAUGGACAGGCUCGUCACUGAUAACAUGUUCUGUGCAGGGCACCACACUGAAGUGGCAGAUGCCUGCAAAGGGGACAGUGGUGGCCCUUUCACAGUGUCUCACCAUAACACCUGGUUUCUCCUGGGGAUUGUAAGCUGGGGAGAGGGCUGUGCUGAGAAAGGGAAAUACGGUGUGUAUACCAGAGUGUCCAACUACAUCCCCUGGAUUAAAGAGGUUGUUGAGAGCGUAGCAGAUUCUGAGAACUUUUCCAUUAACUUUUCUUAAUACUGUCCUUGAAAUCAAGAAUGAUUCUAUGAUUACAUUUCAGUUUCAGACACUACAAAUUUCCUGGCCUUAAUGGUGUAAAACUAAGGUUAUCUUUAAAGAAAUGUUAAGUCUGUUUACCAUAAAUGGUUAAAUUGUUCAUUUGAGUAUUACUAAAUUCUUGUUAUAAUAAAGAACUAUUCUACAAAGAGCAAA